UAUUUAUGGUCGUGUGUCUUAGCUAGAGCUUGUCAAGUGCUGAUCAGCAGUGUUUUUCCGCGAGUGUUUCCCUCUUGAAAGGCGUGUGAAUCCCAUUAGAAGCGACAAAAUGAUUGAGGAGCAGAAGCAGAGGGUAGAGCAGGAGAUCACAAAGCUCGUGGACGAUGUGGACAAGUCGUAUCUGCGGAAAAUGCAGGCCGAUAUGCAUCUGUGUGCCGCCAAGUGUUGCGAAAACACUUCCAGCAGCAUCGACGUGGUCCAGGGAUGCGUGCAGAAGUGCUCAGUUCCCGUCACGAAGGCGGAGAGAUAUAUUCACAAGGAGCUGAAUGAUUUCCAAGGAAGACUUCAGCGUUGCGUAAUGCAAUGUAACGAUGACAUCAAGACUCAAAUGCCUGUGGAGCCCACAGACGAUGAAAUCGCCAAGUACACAACAAAGUUCGAGCGCUGCGCUGUGCAGUGUGUAAACAAAAACCUAGAUUUGAUCCCAAAUCUCCUGAAGACGAUGAAGUCAGUGCUGGCCAAGGGACCCAAUCGCAUUCCCGACGUAUAGUUGGAUCUGUAUCGUAGGAAUUUUGUGCAUUUAGGCUCAAUUGUCACUUUCAGAGAAUCAUCUUUACAAUACAGUGAGAUUCCUAUAAUUCGACACUAUAGAGUACAGAGUAAAA